CUGCACCUUCCGACAAACAACCUCUUCAAUUCACCCUCCCUAUUUUACUAUACAUCGCAAUGGCCGAUUCCAGCGAGACCCGGCCGGUCGCGCGGGCUACCAAGCCCGUGAGCGAGGCUCUGCUUAACGAGAAGUGGGACCGCGCCAUUUCCUCGAUGAUCAUCAAGUCCUCCCUCGGCCUGUCCUUCGGUGUUGUUUUCUCCGUCCUUCUGUUCAAGCGGAGGGCCUGGCCUGCCUGGGUUGGCCUUGGCUUCGGUGCUGGCCGUGCCUGGGAGGAGGCUGACGCUUCUUUCCGCCGGGGUGAUUCUCCCGUCAGAGAUGCGCUGCGCCGGUAGAGAAAAUAUCACGGCUUCCCAUCGUGUACGAUACCUUGUACAGAAGUCAAAUGAUUGGCAGGCAGAAAGGAAUCAACCUAUUUUAGAUCAGUUUCUCAUCAUUGCGGCCUAGCGGAAUGGUAGCUUUCACGGCAUCUCGAUGAGAAUGUGGAGGCUUCAGCCUCGACGAUUUAAAUCCUUCUGUAUAGCUCUGUUUCCUUUAUACCUUGCUCAAAAUUAGUAGAAUAUGAGUCCGAU